UGGUGGGUCCGUGCUCGAUGGCUUGCUACCCUGCUUCCUGUGCAGGCAACCGCCAGGACAAGUGGAGCGACUCCUCGCUUCUGGAGAAGCGGUUGUCAGAGUGCUCGAUACGCCACCAGCUGCUUCAGCAGUGGGCGAGCAUGUCGAGCGCGUUCGCGUCGGAGGCGGAGCCGGAGCGGUGCGAGGAGAAGGCGGCCGUGGCGGCCGGGGACUACCCGCUCGUGUUCCUGUGCGCGCGCUGUCGCCGGCCGCUGGGCGACUCGCUCACCUGGGUGACCAGCCAGGAGGACAAGAGCUGCAUCCUUCUAAGCUGUGUGUCCUCUAAUGUGUCUGUGGAUAAAGAACAGAAACUGUCCAAGUGCAAAGGUGAAGACGGUUGCAUUCUUGAGACUCUGUACUGCACAGGCUGCUCCUUGAACCUCGGCUACGUGUACAAAUGCACUCCCAAGAGCCUAGACUACAAGAGGGACUUGUUCUGCCUCAGCGUGAAAGCCAUUGAAAGUUACACUUUAGGGUCCUCUGAGAAGCAGAUCGUGCCGCAAGACAAGGAGCUUUUCAGUCUGGAGAGCAGAGUUGAAAUAGAGAAGUCUAUAAAGCAGAUGGAAGAUGUCCUGAGAGCCUUGGAGACGAAGCUAUGGGAGGUUGAAUCAAAACUGACCGCUGUUGGCCGCUGACCGUAGCUGAGCUUUGUUCCGUACCCACCCUGCUCCACUCUUGUCCCUAAUAUAGGGUCAGACUCUAAGUAGUUUAGAGGAAAGAGGUAAUUGGUACCGGAUUUGAAUUUUAAAGCCAGUUUAUGAUAUAUGCUGG